AUGUUCCGCACACUCGCAGCAAAGAUCGCAGCGCCUGCGCGUCCUCUUACUAACUCAACCCGCCUGCGCUCAUUCCACGCCAAUGCCACCCUCAGCGAUCAGAUGUCCCGCGCCGAGGUAUCUGGAAAGCGCUUCUGGGAGACUGCUAGCAUCAAGGAGGUUGGAGACAGGAUCGAGGUGACAUUGGAUGGAAGAGUACUCAAGACCCCCGCUGGAAACCCAUUGACGCUGCCCAAGGAUCAGAAGCAUCUCGCUCUUCUUAUUGCCGGCGAGUGGCAUGGCCAGAAGGCGCUCCUCAAGUCACACUCCCUCCCCAUGACAUCGUUGGUGGCAAGAGCGAUUGACGGGUUUAUUGGAAACGCAGAGCUGCGGGAAGAGACAUUGAACAGGCUCAUCAAGUUUCUGGAUACGGACUCGAUCUGCUACCAACAGGAUUUCCCUGAGUCGAUUGUCAAGGCACAGAAGAAGCAUUGGGACCCGAUCUUGAAGUGGGUCAAGGAGGAGUAUGGGUUGGAGAUUAAGGUCUCCCAGGGGAUUAGCUAUGUCCAGCAGGAGGAUCAUGUCAAGGCCAAGUUGCGGGACAUCGUCAAUUCUAUGACUGACAUUGAGCUCUCUGCAUUCGAGAGGGCGACGUUGACGGCAAAGUCGUUUUUGAUUGGAUUGGCGGUGGUGAAGAGACACUUGUCGGUGGAGAAGGCGUGGGCAGCAGCGCAGUUGGAGGUGUUGGACCAGAUCGAGCGCUGGGGCGAGGUCGAGGACAGCCACGAUGUCGACCGGGAGUUUAUCAAGAGUCAGUUAGCUAGUGCUCGUCUUGCCAACAUCGGCGCCUACUAA